UUGCCAGCCUAGCUGAUCAAUGGCGGCGAACAUGCAGCCUACGGAAAAAUGUGACGAAACCUUCAAGUGUCAUUCUAAUAUAAAAGUACCUAAAAUUGUAAUUUGUAUUGUUUGCGAAAGUGUUUUCCAUGAAGGAGAUUUUAACAAGUAUAAAAGUAAAAAGGGUCUAUAUGUCGGAAAACGAUUAGUGGUGUGUUCUGAUCAUAACAUUGAAAACAUAACCUCUGCCGACCACGCCAGACUUGAUGAAAACGCUAAGAAAAUUAUCGCACAUGUAAAACUGCGUGAAAAAGAGGAGCUUAAAACAUGUCUCAGUGGUAGUGUUUUGGUGGAUACAUCAAACCCUCAAGAACAACUAAAUAAAACAGUGAGGAAUACUGAUGAAGCCCAACUGAUUAACGACAAAGUGGAAAUUGAACUAUUGCGGGACUUAAACUCAGAAUUAAAAUCUAAAAAUCAAUUGUUAACUGAUCUUUUAGAGCUGCGAAAAGCUGAAGUAAACAAAAGUAAAUCUUAUGCUGAAAUUCUAAAAGAAAACACUAAAGAAAAAGUUAUGGUUAAGGUGCCUGAUAUUGUUAUAAGAACAAAAAACAAGUCAGCAAAUAAAAAUUAUGCUCAGAUCGUUAAAAAUAAUAUUAUAGCGAAUACCAGUGCGCAGAUAAAAAACGUCUUAUCAACAAAAGCAGGUGAUAUUAUUGUAAGGUGUAAAAAUAAAGAAGAUGUCUCCAGAACCAUGUCAGUGCUUGCUGAAAAACUUGGUGAUAAUUAUGAAGUUGAUCAAGAAAAACUAAACUCGCCUAAAAUAAAAAUAUUUGAUAUAGAAAGUGACUUGAGUAAGAAAGAACUGGUUGAGGACUUAUGUAACAGAAACAGUGCUGUCUUUGACGGAGAUUAUAAUAUCGUUGCUGACUUUAGUAGUGGUAAAAAUAAGCGUAGCAUAAUAUUAGAAGUGUCUCCUAAUAUCUAUCUUAGUGUCAUGACAUCGAGAGUAGUCUACAUCGGGUAUAAAAGCUGUCGUGUCUUUGAUGCUUUUGACUUAAGUACGUGUUACAACUGCGGCCGCGCCAAUCACAAUCACAAAAAAUGUAAUAAUGAAACUGUCUGUCUAAUCUGCGCUGGAAAUCAUGACACCAGAAAGUGUACCAGUACUGUCAAGAGAUGCGUUAAUUGUAUGUAUUACAAUAAACAGUAUAAUAAGAGUAACUGUAUAGACCACGAAGCAACUGAUGUCAGCGCCUGUGGAUAUCUUAAAUUUAAAUAUAAUAAAAUUAUUAAGUGCACUGAUUAUCCGAUGAGCCCAUUGAUACCGACACAUAUUGGUAAAUUACCAGUGCCGAAGACGUCGUCAACAUAGCAAUACUAAACUAACUUCAACUAAUACUACUUUACAUGGAUACAGACAGUGAUCAAGAGGAAAACUGUGUAAUUGAAGAAUCUGCGGUUACCUUAGAAGAUAAGGAUGUAUUGAUACUACAUGUUAAUAUUAGAAGCUUAAAUGCUAAUUAUGAGAAACUUGAGUUAUUUCUUAACAGUUUACAAUCCAAACCACAUGUUAUAGUAUGUACAGAAACGUGGAAUUUAAUAACUUAUCAAUUUUUUGCAUUAAAGGAUUAUAGCAUACACUAUAAUCACAGUAUGGUAAAUAAAGCGGAUGGGGUUGUAAUUUAUGUACUAAAAUCAUUGGUACAUACAAUAACGGUAGAUAUUAUUGGUCGCUCCAACUUAAUCUCUACUAAUAUAAAUAUUAAUAAUAACUCACAUUUAAAAAUAACUGGAGUUUAUAGAUGCCAUGAUAUAAGUAAAGAUGAAUUUAUAGACAACUUAAAAAACUAUGCUGAAUCUAAUGUGAAAGUCAAAAAUCACAUAAUAGUUGGCGACUUCAACAUAAAUUUAAAAGACAUGGACUAUCACGCGGACUUACUCAUAUCUGAACUGUUAAACUUAAAUUACAUCUCAUAUUUCAAUGAUACCACUAGACCAAACAACGACAAUAGAUAAUAUGUUCGUUAAGACUAACAUUAAUAAUAUUAACUCAAUUACAUAUAAACAUACGCUUACUGAUCACUUUGCAAUAUUUUUAGCACUAAAAUUGCAAUAUGUUAAAAAUAGUAAGG